CUCUUCAUUGGCUCCUUCCUCUUCUUCCAAAUAUCUGUGUUUUUCUCUUCUGUGAGUGAUAAUGGCUCAGAUUAGGGUUUCUGGUUUGGCCAUUCUGGCCAUGGUUGUGCUCUCUAACUGUGCAGCUGAUGCUCAGUUACUGCUGUGUGCUCAAGUUAAUGUACUCCUUCUCCCUUGUCGGGCCAGCAUUCUUGAUUCCACCAUUCUUCCGACCUCGACCUGUUGCAGCAGCCUUCAGGCCCUGGCCAUCCUCUCUGUGGGUCCUCCUGACCAAAGGAAGGGAUGCUGCCAGUGCUGCAAGAACUACUUGCUGAGCCUCAACAUCCUCAUCGCCCUCAACCUCUUCAACCAAUGCAACUGCAACCCUGGGUUCCCCUUGGACCCCAACUUCGACUGCAACUCGCUGUGAUCUCGAUACCGAGGACUUCACCGUGCUUGGUUCGGCGAACCGGCAACGGGCUUUCUAUGGGGCGCCUGCAUGAGUGUGUGUUUGUGUUUUUAAUCUAGCCUUCGUUGUGACCCUUCUGUUCUUACUACUCUUUAUGUAUCUCUACUAAGGUUUCUAAGAAAAUCUCCAUGCACGUGCGUGCAUGGCAUAUACGUGAA